AUGAGCUCCAAUGUACAGGAUCCAGAGGCCCUCGUGUACUCUGACGACCCAAGCCAUCCGGCAAAUCACAUUUGCACACUCUGCGCAAAGUUCUACAACUUGGGCUGGGUGACAGGCACUGGCGGAGGAACAAGCAUACGCCAUGAGGACAAGAUAUACAUUGCGCCGAGUGGCGUGCAAAAGGAACUCAUGAAGCCUACCGACAUGUUUGUCAUGGACUUCAACAGCAAGGAGUACCUCAGGAAGCCACAGGUCCUCAAACCCUCAGCAUGCACCCCGCUGUUCAUGGCAGCCUUUGAGCGCGGCGCCGGAUGCUGCAUCCACACGCAUUCACAAUGGGCAGUACUCGUCACUCUCCUCGUCGAGCGCGACUUCGGCAAGGACGCAUGCUUUGAGAUUGAAGAGAUUGAGCAAAUAAAGGGUAUACCCAAGGGGCGGGGCAAGCAAGGGAACCUAGGCUACUACGACCGACUGCGCAUCCCGAUCAUCGAGAAUACGGCGCACGAAGAGGAUCUGAGGGAGAGCUUGGAGGAGGCGAUGGAAAAGUACCCGGACUCGUAUGCGAUUCUGGUGCGGAGACAUGGGAUCUAUGUCUGGGGCGAUAAUGUGCACAAGGCUAAGACGCAGUGCGAGAGUAUCGAUUAUAUCUUGCAGCUCGCGGUGGAGAUGAAGAAGCUGGGGCUGCCAUGGACCAAGUAG